GCAGUAAUCAUGCUGUCGCGACAGUCUGGCUACAAGGUCCUGCUGGAGAUUCUCCGAAAAACGGGGCGCAAGCACGGAUUCAAAGUGGCCACACUCCAGGAGUUGAGUGAUUUCAACGAUGCCCGCCGAAACCUCCGUGGCGAGCGCUUCCGUGUUCUCGUGGCCGAAACUUCUCAGGCGGGCGAGGGCAUCCAGUUCAAGCACGUACGGCGGCUGCAUCUGGUGGAGGUGCCGGCGAGGCACUCCGACCUGGUGCAGCGCGCCUCGCGCUGUGUCCGCAUGGGGGGCCACGAG